GGUGACGCGAGUUGACGGCAUCCAGCCAUGGUUAAGAUUGGGCUGCAGCUGAAGGCCACGCUGGAGAACGUGGCGAGCGUGCAGCCGGAUGAAGACGACUUCCGCUGGUACCUGAAGCUGCGCUGCGCCAACUGCGGCGACGAGCCGGACCACUUUCAGUACGCAUGUGGUUUGGAUACCACACCGGUUAGGGGCGGACGGGGACACGCCAACCUUGUGGUCAAGUGCAAGCUGUGUGGCCGCGAGAACACGCUCGACAUCGUGGAGAACAGCGGGCGCCCACUGACAGAGAGCGACAUCUUCCAGACAGUGGUGGCGUUCGACUGCCGUGGCCUGGAGCCCACCGACUUCUCGCCGCGCAUCGGCUGGGCCUGCCGUGGUACCGACUCCGACACCCCCUUCGCCAACGUCGACCUCUCCGAGAAGGAGUGGGUCGAGUACGACGAGAAGGCCAACCAGUCGGUGUCCCCGAGUCCUCCACGGGCCUUGUUUGAGGAGGCCGAAAAAGGGCCCAAGGCCCUCUCGGGACCAAAGAUCAAGGGCCCGAUUGGAAGGCUGAAGGUGUGCCAGCUCCUGCAGAAUACUUGAGACCUGUAGCACGUCCAGACCGAGGACGUCCUCGGCCGGCGGCAACUCAGCCACUCAACUUAGCAACUCCCUACCAGCAUCGACUGGCCAAUGGUCGGUGGAGGCAUCUGAUGUCGCCAAUACUGUCGCACGACGCUCCAUCUGCUGGAAGACCAAUGCAUUCGCCCAGCAUGAACAUGCCCUGCCUUCAAACAGCAUGCUAUCAAUGUGGAUACGUGGCUUCCAAGUUCCAGCUUGAUGCUGGCGCCAUCCAUGCGGCACUCCGGGCGCUGAAGUCGGUGGUGGUGAUCAUGGACCCGCUGGAGUGCGUCUGAUCCUGUUUCUGCGCUAGCGAGAUAACGUUACGCGGUCGACAGUCUUAUAACUCGGGCCUGCUGUCAGACGAGGGAUAUCGCUGUUAAUUGACCCACUGAUUUCAUUAUGAAUAGCCAACAGGUUAUGGACAUGGGUCGUGAUGUGUUCUUAAACGGCAUUUCGUGCUCGAGCAAGUCGUGCCCGGUAUUUGCCAGACAAAGGUGGAGCAGACCAGCGGUACCUCUUGCUCUAUGAAACUAGCAACCGUCAGGGCCUAGUUCUGGUGAAUGACUAGGCCCCAGUGUGCAUUGACUUGACUGUUUCCGUUAGUUGGAGCCGCGCGAAUGUGCCUGGCCAGCUCCGGGUCAGGAGCCCCUGUCGAGGAGUUUGGGGCACCUUACAAGCUUUUUGUGCUGUUAUACACGACUGCUCCUCAACGCCUUUUCAGCCAGGAAGGUGGGAAAUACGCCCGCACUCGCUCCGGUACACCGUUAUAGGCUACAUCGAUGCGACCAUUUUGAUCUGUCGGGUGCUCUGCCAAACCGAAGCCCAAUCCAAAUACCAACUGGGGCUCAGAAGUUCCAUAGAUUCGCUUGGAGUAUGUACCCCGCAGGGUGGCAGCUGUGAUGCACGAAAUAAACUGAUAACCCGA